AGCCUGACUCCUGCUCUCGCGGGCGGGGCGUCCCGGGCGGGCCGCGGAGGCCACAUCCGGGGCCUGCUCGUCCCGCGCUUUCGAGAGCCGAGCGGGAGUUCGCUGACUGAACUCCUGAACCAACCAACAACUAAAUGACCCCUCCGCCGGGAUGGAGAACCCCGCGUCCUCCGGCGUUGCGGGUCCCGCAGCCUCUCACAGCCGCCCGGGACGGGCCUGGUCCUUUCCGCGGAAGCUGGGGCGCGGGGCUUCCCUGGCCCCGGGCGCCCCGAAUCCCGCGGCAGCGGAGGCGAGCGGAAGCCGGGGAGGCGCCCAAGAGAACCGGCCGCCAGCGCGGGCCCCAGGACCGCGGGCUGCAGAGAACCUGGACUAUGAGAACUGGGUCAGAGAGAAGGUGGUCUUUCUUCUGCACCCGGAAAGGUGGCUGGGGACUCAAAGGAACCCUGCACAAGAAGAGGCGGUCAAUGGGGAGAACCUUCCCCACGCAGGCGGAGACGGCCCGGAACUUCACUGCCCGGAACCCGACUGCUCUUCUCGCUUUCCACAAGAAACGCGAAUUUUUGGCAGCCGUGUAGACGCUCCCUCUGGAGCUCCACCGCGGGACCCGGCAGCACCACCCAAACCCGUACUCGUGCGGGUCGUGGACCAUCAGGUGACACAAGAGGUGCUGCGGACGACGUGGACGAAGGGCCACUUGACUACAACGACCGAGGACCGUUGCAUAACCGCGGUCACUUUCCGCGCCUUCAGGAAGUGAGGCAGCUUCUGGGUUCUGGCACCGAGAGAGGCACCUCGCUUCGUCAGCGCGGAGAAGAUCGUUUCGGGAUCCCCGAGGACCGCAUCCCAGAGGAGAGGAAGCAGGAGCCGGGGAAAGCUUCGGGUUGGUGGAUCAGCGGUAAUCAUCAGAAGAGAAAAUGCUAUUCUGGGAAGCCUACGAUUAAUCGACAGAAAACCUUUUAAGACGCUGACUCAGCGCUUCAGGGAGGCAGGAGGCUCCUGCUACAACCUGAAAAACUAACUGUAAGAAACCUAAUACCUCGUUUGUGAUUUACAUACUGUGACGGCCCGGGGACCUAAGUCAUUCAGAAGAGAGGGAGAAAAGGUAUUUUGAAAUUGGCAGAAUGAAGGAGUCUUUUAAUAAGAAAACCUGUUCUCAUUAUUCCAUACCUCUGAAUUGUUCUCUUUUUCUUCCUGUCUUUCCCUGCCUUCUCUUUAGGACUUAAAAGCAGAAGUGAAGGUUGAGGUGCUCCUUACAGGGGAGGUGACGGUUUUCCUGAUCCAAUCAGAACUCAUCCUGUGAGGAGUAUGAGGAAGCCUUUCCUAUUCAGAGUCCUGGGUGUGAAUCUCAGGCAUCUUCAAUACUAAGAAGUGUCUGAGAAUGGCUGGGUCUUGGCUCUUUUAACCUCCACCUCACUCAAAAAUAUGGUCAUCUGAAAUCACUGUGUUAGGUGGCUGAAUCACAGCAGGGACUUCCAGAAGCCACUUGAGUGACCUUCAGACAAAUAUCACAAAGCAAAACCAGACUCUUGAGAUCACUAUGGAUUAGCCAAGUGUGGACUCCUGUUGAAGCCCCGUGGGCACAACUUCUGUCAGCUUUGAGAUUCAUUGCAAUUGACUUGCAGCUCUCAUUCUUCUUGGCUAGCACCAGCACUUGAUGAUAAAACGUUAUGUGGCUCUUUUGCUUUAAAAAUAAAGAGAAAGAGAAAGAAAAUUGAGGAAACACUUUCUGUAAGAAAAAAGUAUAGAGGGGAAAAAAAACAAAACACCUCACCCAUGACCUCAAAUCCCUGUUAAUUUGUGCAUGAUUUCCAGUCAGAUUUUAUUUAUUCUAUUUUAUGUGUAUAAAUGUACAUACGUGUACUUUUCAGACUAUAAAUUAUAUAUAAACUAGUGUAACCUAGGUAUGUAUUUUAUGAAAUUUUUCUUUAUGUAAACUAUGAUAUGAUAUACACUGAUAGUAUGAAAAAGUGUGGUCCCUGGACCAGCAGUGUGGGCCUCUCCCAGAAACAUUUUAGAAAUGUAGCAUCCCAAGCUCUCCCCAGAUCUAUGAAUAAGAAUUUUGCGUUUUGUCAAGAUCCCUGGUGAUUCAUAUUUGAGUUUGAGUAACAUUGACAUAUACCCUAUUUUGGGUUCUGUAUCCUCCUUUAUCACUUGCAAAAACUAAAAUUGUUUUGUAUUUCCCAUUAAUUGUUGGUAGUGCCAUGAAAAUACUGAUUUGAUAAAGAGCCUUGUGGUUCUUAACAAUUUUCCUUAGAAAACCUUGCUGGGCUAUUGGAAUUCAAACUAUUUCAGGAAUGUGCUUCUUUAAAAAUGUAAGAUAAUAAAUUCUCAAAAACUCCUGAGGGGAAAAAGGGCGGAAAGUCUUUCAAGAAAACACCAUUACAACACCUCUGCAGGCUGAGUCAGGACUUGUCAGUCACUUGUGAUGAAUUGCAAGUGGGUGGGAGAGGGGUGGAGCUUGAAUUUGAAUCAACUGAUUCAGAUAAGAAAAUAAAGGGCUGUGACUCUUGAACACCCUGACUUCUUUAUGUAAGAAAGGAAUAAGUUUAGCUUUCACAUAGAGACAGCAUGGAAUAAGGGAAAUGGAGGCAAAUCCAGUUUAAACAAGCCCCAUACAAAGAAAAGAAAGGGAGAAUCUGCCUGCUCCUUAU